GUGAUGAUCUACCUGAUAGACAAGGUGCUCCCAGAGAGCUAUUUUGCCAACAACCUGCGUUCUCUGUCAGUGGACAUGGCUGUGUUUAGAGAUCUCCUGAGGAUGAAGCUGCCUCAUCUCUCACAGCACCUACACCUCCUGCAGAAGACUGCUGAUAGAGUGGCUGGAGGCAGCUACGAGCCUCCCCUGACCAACGUGUUCACGAUGCAGUGGUUUCUGACCAUGUUUGCUACGUGCCUGCCCCCCAACACCGUGCUGAAGAUCUGGGACUCUGUGUUCUUCGAAGGUUCUGAGGUUCUGCUGAGGGUGGCUCUGGCCAUCUGGUCUCACCUGGGGGAGCAUAUAGAGUACUGUCAGACAGCAGACGAGUUCUACAGCACCAUGGGAUGGAUCACUCAGGAGAUGUUGGAGAACAGCCUCAUAGACUGUAGCCACCUCAUGCAGGUGAGAGAUGUUGGAGAACAGCCUCAUAGACUGUAG